CAGUUGGCAAUGCGAUCGCGGUUCAUCGUGAACGCUUCUCCAAUUUCUUCUCCGCCAACGUUCUAACCAAACAACCGAUAACACACUUGUUUCUUCCUCGCCUCCGCCACAGUAACACGACAAGUCAAUUUAAUUGUUACAUAAACCCAUUCGUUGUUAAGAGAAGAUUUGUCUUCUACAAGAGUAGGAAAUUUAUUCGGAAAACCGCUGGAACAUCAAAAGUCAAAUUGCUGGACUCGGCGUGGGCAGGGUAGUGCACAGACGUUGCUCGUUAUACGACGAUGAACCUUUCGUUCUGUACGAGAAGCGAGCAAGGAGUGGCUAGGACUUUUACCGAAUAGGAAUUUGCUUUGUUUUUGAUUCUCGAUGAUAGAUCGUUUCGUUCUUUUGUUCUUUCGCGGAGAUACGGCACGUUUGCGUUGUCAGACGAACGCGGUCGUUGACAGCAAGGUGGAUGGGUUUCGAUAGACUAGAUAAAGUGGAAAUGAAGUGAGGAGCGGAGGAAAUGGCACACGUGCCGGAUAUCUUAAGAUACGAGAAUUCGUUUUCUGCUCUGGCUCGUCGUACCCUCGGGUAAAAAUCGCGCGAAUUAUGAUACACGUGUCGUCGGAGAACACUCAACGAUACGAUCGUGUGAAGCGCAAGGGCGCAGUGUUUUUGUCCAACAUUUUUAAAUCGAAAAAGCUGACGUUAGGUAUGAAGAUCAACGAGGACGAAGAGAUGGAACGUGCCCCGAAAGUCGAGACACCUGCGAUCAUAACGAACGCCUGCAGGCGCAGCGGCAGCGAAAACGACAACCAGGUAUCGAGGAUUCCGUCGACCUUGAGCGUGGCAGCCGUCGAUGUGGUCGUUGCCUGUCAGCCGUCACCGUCGCAUUCCAUUCUAACCUUGACACCUGGUAGAACACGAAACAUCGAUCAGGAUAUGGAGGCGCUUAGGCUAAGUCGACAGGAUAAUCCCUUCCUACAGGUACUGGCGAGUCGCGAGAGUCUGGUCGAGUCUUUGGAAGAGUCUGAAUCCGAUGAUGCCAUUCUGAUGUCUCAGGAACUGGGCGACACCGAUCCAUUAACCUUAGCCCAGGUGCACGAGCACCUGGUACGAAGUCCACCGCCCGCAUCGUGGCCUCACACCACGACUUUCCAUUUUCCUCAUCAAAAUCAGAGUUCGUCGGGCAAGAACGACGUGCUGGCUCAUUACAAAAGCCCGUCGAAGGCGACUUCGUGCCGUGGCAACGAUCACGAGCUGUCCAGAAGCGAGCCAUCCACGGAUAUCAGAGACCGCCACUCACACACAUUUUCGUUGUUGCACCCAACGCCGAUUCGUUCAUUGUCGGACGUUCGACGGCUUCACAGAUCAGCGGACGACAGUGUGCAAUUGAUGUCGAGCGAAUAAAACGCUAAUGCAUUCCGGUCCGCGACCGGAUCGAGAUGACUUCUCGCAUUCAGAACACGAACCGUGCUUUGUCGGUGCUAAAACGUCUGCUGAAAGUUCCCGGAUUGUUUCGGAGGAGCGUGUCCACGAGGAAAGGACACUCGGAAGCUCCUUGACGAGUUCACGCAUGAUCGAGGUUCGCCGAAACGAUUCUCGAGUCGCGAGUCUCGAGAUGUCAACGAUUCUUUGAUUCUGUUGAAAGAAUCGUAUCGAAGUUGACUCACAGGUUCGUUUGAUAACGGAAGCGAAAGUUUCAAGUUUAACGUCAGUUUGGUGCGGAAAGAAUUUCGAACGUUCUGUAUUUCGUGAUCUGUGUUUACGAAGAAUGUACCAACUGAUGAAGAUUUGUAGAUUGUCUCGUUGUGUCACAGGUUAGGUAUGCUCUAUUUCGGAUGAAAUGAAAAGUGUCCCUAUUACGCAAUCGAAACAUUACGGUGCGAAUCGAAAUCAUAAAGAGAUAGAGAGAGAGAGAGAGAAUAUUAUUGAAAUUCUUUUAUUCGUUUUGAUAUGUUGAAUGAGACCAGAGCUCAAAGUAAAAUGUAUGUGACAAACGCACGCGCGCAUUUGAUAAGUUAUCAAUGCAGCAUAAUUUUAAAGCCUUGCACGCAAUGUGCUCGUAUUUAACGACAAAAGAUUUAGCUACAUGAUCUAAUGUCAAAGAAAGCGAUAUCUAUUUUCGUUCCACGUAAAAGUUUAAAAUCUAAAUCUAAUUUUAGACUUUGAAAGAUAUUUUCCAAGAUAAAAAUUAAGUAAAAAUAUUUAUUCGAAUUAUCAAAUCCUCGACGACCCUAACGUACCGCUUUUUUCUGCAAGGUUGCUCGCAUAUUUCAAGAAAUUAGACGAGUAAGACUCAUUGCUGUGAAGUGAAAUUUGAUUACACUCGCUCACUGAUGUAGGCGGAAGUAAGCUAUUACUUAUUAAAGUAGUACAAAGUAGUGUUAUUACUAAAAAUCAGGGAAUUUAGAUGCUACCAAAAUUUAGAGAUAUUUUUAUCCAAUAUGCAAAAUUAUAGAUGUUUUUAAGUAUCAAUUUGUAAGACGAUAUAUUUAUAUUUAUAAAUUACGAGAAAAAGCUUCUAAAUUUGUACACUGUCGUUUUCCCUAAAUAAUUUAUUUUUAGCGUUAUAAUGUAUUUGCAAGUCGAUGAGUGAGUGUAAUUCAGAAAAUUUUUCUGGAAACCGGUCUUUGUUUCAAUUAUAAAUUAGUCUGACAUAUUUACCGACCGAGCCUAGCGUAUUUGAACUGGCGCGCAAUUCAAUAAUCAAUCAUAACGUAACGACAUAAAUAGAGAGGCCUAUGUUUGAUCAAAGACAAUUAUCUUUAUUAUCAUUCGAAUUGAGAAAUUGUAAUUGUAAUGUUUCUGGUUUCUUCCGUGCGCGUGUUUCAAACCAAUUCGUACUUACAUAUUAAUACGUAUGCUUGUUUGUAAUUAAUUUCAAUCACGUAACCAUGAGAAACAGGAAUAACGUGGUGUUUUAAUUGUUGCAAUAAUUGCAAUACAGGUCGCAAUUAGCUAAUUUAAAUGGUAGUAUAAAAUACUAUCCUUGUAUCUUGGAACUUUCUGUCAACAAUAUUAUUUAUUUUUCACUUAAAAAUUUUGCAAAAAUAUAGCAGUGAGAUAUCAGCAUUUACUGUGAAUAAACGUAUAAUAUUUACAAUAUCAUAUAUAAUUUAAGAAGAUAUUGAUUGUUCGAAUCUUUUCUAAUCAAAUUUGCAAAUAGCAUAUUUCUAUUUAAAAUAUUAUUUCGCAAAAUCAUUAAAGAAUAAUAUAUUGUUAUUAUGUAUCAUGAAUAACUUUUUUUAUAAUUGCUUUAAUUGCAUCGAGACGAGUUAUCGAGCUUACAUUGUUGCUGUUAUUGUUAAUUAGUCUAUAUUUAUUCUGCACAAAUUAUUUUUUAUCAAUAGGACAUAUACAUAUUUUCGACGUUAUCAUAGGAUAAAGAAGGUAGCAUGUAAACAUGCAUGCUUCUUUCAGGAUAUAUUUAUUAACAUAUAACGUGAAAAAAAUGCAGAACGUUUCCAGGUAAAAAGUUAUUUGUAGCGCUGACGAUGCGCCAAAAGUAUAGGCCUGAUCAUGAAUAAUAAACUAACACGUAAUCAUAGCUUAAGAAUCUUUUUUUACGUAAAUAAGAAUGGAAGAAGUGUUGUCGAUAUUUCGAACGAUUAAUGUGCAUCGUCCGAAGAUGAUACACUUUUAAAGUCGAAAAUAUUUUUUUAACGUUGCGAUAUCAUUUCACAUAAGCAUAAAUACUGACGAGUAGUAGAUAUGUAUGUACUUGUUAAGACUACUUUCGGCUUGCAACGCACAUAACCUGUACCUUUUUCUCAUAUUGUUUUAAAGUUGAAACAACAGUCUAAGAAUUUCGACGAACAAUCCUAUUUUAUACAGUACACGAACAGUCUCAUAUUGAAGAUAAAGCAUGUUUCACUUGAAAACUGGUGUAAAUCAAUUGUUUCAAAAAAUUGCGACUACGAUUACAGACAGCGAGUAAACAAAUAAUCCUGCUACGUCUUUUGGGUCGUUUCCGACUUGAUCAACUGUAUAUAAAAAAAAAAAGGAAUGUCCUAAGUUUGAAGGAAGAGUGACAAAAUCGUUGUUCUUUGUUUAUUGAAACAAGAACAAAAUUGGAAUAUAAUUCAAAGACUAUAGUAGAGUUAAAAGAUUAAAAGGUCAUAGUGAAUAAAAUUUUAGCAGGGUUUAUACAAAACUUUCAGAACAGUAGCAUAUAAGAAAAAGGAAAAGAUCUAGAAAGUUAUUGCAAUUAUUAUUGUAACUAUAGUGUCCAAUUGACUUGGCCAUUGAGAAUUGAGAUUAUUUCUAUUAAUAUAUGCGAUAUUAGAUACACUAUACACGUGUAUUAGAGGCUCCAGACAAUUUCGUCUUCGUCUGGAUGUCAAACAGGUAAAAAUAUGAAAAACGAAAAAAAAAAAGAAACAGUAGAGAGACUUAUAUGAUAUAAUCUAGUCGAAUAUAACAUAUAUACCGAGGACUGUGUUGUCACUUUUAAGCGAAUAUUAAAUGAAUACUUGUUCGGGUAAUUAUUCGAGCGUUGAAUAAUCAAUGAUGGCGAGGUUAGGGCGCGAAUAUUAUUAUUAAGUGAACUGAGGUUACUUUUAUCGGAAAGCGAUGUUGAAUGUUACAAUAGACCCUCGAUUUGACGGAUUUUUUAUUCAAAUAAACUUCGAAUUUAAUUUGCAACUUUAUGAUCUUUUUAAUAUUUUCUAUAUUGACUUAAAAUUUCUUCGAUUCUUAAAUAUUUAAUAACCGUUGCUCUAAUUAAUCCUUCAAAUCAUGGGUUUACUGUAUUUAUAUAAUGGAAAUUCACACACGGUUGCUUUGUUUUAUUUUUUAAUUUAAGAAGCACUGUUCGCAAAAAUGUUACAAAUUGUACUCCCGCAUCUUACAAUUACUUCAAAACUAAGACAUGGAUUUAAUAAGACGAAUUGAAAAUAAAUUUCAAAUUACGCAAAAGAUACUAAAUAUACGUUACUUGUUGAUAAAAAGGGGUAAUAACUUUAUUUUAAGAUGAUUGUAAAAUAUUUAUUUAAAUUUUUCGCCACUGUUGUCAUCUGUUAAUCGAUUUAUCAAAUUUUAUGCUGUGCAAAUAAUUACUAGAAUGAAUCUUUGUUCGUUUGGAUUGGAAAUAAAAGUUUGAUUCUUUAUA